AUUCCUUUCUCCUGCCUUCAGCUGAACUGGGCACAGCCGAGCCUUCCUCGCAGGGGACCCCAACUGCCUUCCGUGUCCUGCAGAGCCAGCUCUGUGAAGAAGAUGGCAAACUUCUGGGAUUUACCCGAAGACAUCUUGGUGGAGGUGCUGUCUCUGGUCCCCACAAAGGAACUCAUUUGCAGCUGCCGGCUGGUUUGCUUGCAGUGGCGGGAGCUGGUGGACUCACUGCUUCUGUGGAAACUCAAAUACCGGCACAACUGCAAAGAUCUCAACAAGGGCAUCAAGGAUGCCUACUACUUAUUUUGCCACUUGGAGAAGAACUUAAUCAAAAACCCGUGUGGAGAAGAGGGCUUGGAUUUCUGGGAAAUUGAGACACCUUCCGAAGGUGAGUGGAAAGUUGAAGUGAUUGCUGGACUUGGAAAAACGAAGGUCCGAACAACCGACUUUCUGAUGAAGAAUUCUGAAGUGGAAUACAAGGCCCAACAUCAGGUCAACAAAUGUUUCGCUACAUAUAAUGGACUCUGCAUCAAGUCCCAGCGCAUCACCUUGAAGGACCACGGCUACUGGGACCAGCUGAUGGAUGAGUCCAGACCAGACAUUAACGUGACAGAUUGGUUUUACUCCACCCCUGGCAAUGAGUACCAGCUCACUGUGAAGCUACUGGCAGAAGACUUCACAACUCUCAAAGAACAUUCUUUCACAAAUGGAUACGGAGGGCAUCGCAGAUCGGGAAAAUGGCAUCGGGUUACACACACCUUCUUCUGCCCGCCUGGAGUCCGCCACAUUCUUUUUCAACACCAAGGCAAAAACAUGACAGGGGAGCCAUUCAAACACCGCAUGAAAACCACCAAAAGUAGCAUUACCAUCUCCUCAAGUUAUUACGAGGACAACUACACUGAUUGCUAUUUUCAAGACUACUAUGGUGACAGCGAUGAUGAUUAUGAUGAACAUUGGGCCAUGAGUGACAGCUUUGCUGAUUACGACAAUGGCUUCUGGUAAAAGGUCUCCUUAUGGGAUGCCUUCCAUCAUUUCUGUACACACUUCCCCCAACUGCCUCGAAAUGCGUACUGCAGUUUAUAUCCCAGCUCCGGAUAUUGUGAAUACAGAAACAUCUGAAGAAACCUGCUGGAUCAGACCAGUCAGUGUCCAAUCAGAUGCCUACAGAAUCCCGUAAGUAGGUCAGGAGGUCCAAAUAACUCUUUAGAGAGAAAGAUUGCUUAUAUGUGCCUUUGUGAUAUAACAUCGGACCUGCAGUGUCCCUGCGCCUCUUGCCCAGAAAGAACCAGAAUUCCAAGCCAGGCUCCUUUGUUCUGAAGCUUUAUCACUCAUCUGUUCCUUUAAGAGAUUAAGACUCUCCACUCCUACAUGUAGUUACCAGGUUAAUCCUCUUCAUGGCCCUUGCGCUUUGCCGUUAUCAGUACUGUGUAAUCACUGAUAUUUA